AGGCAACUUGGGGCCAAUGGCGCCGCGGCGGGGGCCGGGGCCCCGCUCGCACCCGCGGACGCUCAUUCAAAACGCGGCCGGGCUCGGGCACCGGCAGCCCCGUCCCGCUGCCCCCCGCGCCGCCCGCCCCGGGGCUCGGCGGGGCCGGGCGCUGCCGGCGGGGAUGCCCGGCGGGGCCGCGGCCUGAGGCGGCCGGCCGCCCGCCGCCAUGCCGGUGAAGAACCGGUACAACCUGGUGGACGAUGGCUGCGACUCCCGAGUCCCGCUGCACAACGAGGAGGCCUUCCAGCACGGCAUCCACUUCCAGGCCAAGUACAUCGGUAGCUUGGAUGUACCCAGGCCCAACAGCCGCGUGGAGAUUGUGGCAGCCAUGAGAAGGAUUCGGUAUGAAUUCAAAGCCAAGAACAUUAAGAAGAAGAAGGUGAGCAUCAUCGUGUCCGUGGACGGGGUGAAGGUGAUUCUGCGCAAGAAGCAGAAGAGAAAGGAGUGGACCUGGGAUGAGAGUAAGAUGGUGGUGAUGCACGAUCCUGUGUACAGAAUCUUCUACGUAUCUCACGACUCGCAAGACCUGAAAAUAUUUAGUUACAUCGCAAGGGACGGCGCUAAUAACUCCUUCAGGUGCAACGUCUUCAAAUCGAAGAAGAAGAGCCAGGCGAUGCGGGUGGUGAGGACGGUGGGACAGGCCUUCGAGGUGUGCCACAAGCUGAGCCUGCAGCACGCCCUGCAGAACGCCGACGGGCAGGCGGACGGCGCCAGCGACAAGUCGGCCGAGGAGCAGCCGCUGGAAGUUCACCAGAUGAAAGGCUCCAAGAUGACGGAUGCGGACGAGGUUGGCAUCGAUUCUGAUGGCAUCUGCGUGUCCGAGAGGGGACCUGGGGAGCUGCCCGCUGCCAGGGGGGACCUCAGCGUGCUGAAACCUGUGCAAGCUGCAAAGGAUAAGAACUGCCAGGACACCGAGAACUGCUCCCUCCACCCGGCUGGCUCCCAGCAGCUGCUCAGCCCAAGCAGCCCCUGCUCCUCGGCCUCCAUCACCCCGCUGGCCUCCCAGCACUGCCUCCAGCUGCUCCAGCAGCAGCUCCUCCAGCAGCAGCAGCAGACGCAGGUGGCCGUGGCCCAGGUGCAGCUGCUGAAGGACCAACUGGCGGCCGAAACGGCGGCGCGGAUCGAAGCGCAGGCCCGGGUACGGCAGCUGCUCCUGACCAACCGGGACCUGCUGCAGCACGUCUCCUUGCUGGUGCGGCAGCUGACGGUGCUGGAAGCCCGGGAGCAACACCGGCAGCCGGUUGACCGCUCCUUGCAAAACCUGUCCCUGGCUCAGUCCCUCUCCCUGAACCUGAAGAACCACUACAGCUUGGACGUCCAUCUGCCGUCCACCUCCACUCCCGCCAGCAUCCUGGGCAGCCCCGUGGCCCCCGGAUCCCUGCCAGCCCUGGGCCCCGGGGAUUCCUACCUCAACCUCGUCAGCCUGGAGAGGGGCGGCCACCGCUACAGCAGCAAGGAGGGGGACGAGUGCCUGGCUGUGCUGGAGGGUCAGGACGGGCUCAGCCGGCGCGUGGAGGGCUCCGAGGUCAGCGACUUCACUCUGCUCAACGGGAGCAGCCGGCAGAAGGCAGAUGAUACAGACAAAGGGGACGAGGACAGGCGGCAGCAGCCCAUUCCCAAGCUCAACCCACCACCACCCAUCCUACGCAAAAGGUCAAGCAAGACCUCCCCGAGCCUGGAAGCGGAGGUGAAGCCCGAGAGCGCUGCCCACAUGAGUGUGCCCAGCCCCAGCAUCUCCAGCCUCACCAACAUCGCUGCCAGCUCGCUCACCCUCUUGGACCCUGAGGCAAGGACUCCCGCACGGAGCGCUGCCUCCGGCACGGAGCCUGUCCCUGCUGGGACCUGCCAGCGUGCUCUGGGCAAGGACAGGACUGGAGAGACUGGGCAGAUGUCCCCCCUGGCUGGCUUCCGCGACCUUGCAGCCAGCGAGGCCCUGGCCAAGGACUUGGCCGCCCUGGCCAGCCCCACGGACCUCACGCUGCCCUUCUCCCCUGCGGAUGACACCUGCUUGCACAUCAGCUUCUCAGAAGAUGAGCUGCUUGAACCAGAGCUGGAUGCUGCCGGGGCCCCCAGCAGGGUUCCCCCUUAGUGGGACAGCAGUAGGUGGCAGCUGGCUGGCGGGCAGUCCCAGCAGCUCCAUCCACGCCACUCCACCGGCCCACGCUGGGGUUGGGGGCUCCUGUGCCCAGGCUGGGAGGCAGGUCCCUUUGCUGUCCCCAUCCCACGCAGCAGCUCCCCCCGCCGCAUACAGGGCUGCCAGGCAAGAUGUGACCUGGCCAGCCCCUGCCCUCAACCCGCACCAGCUCACACUGCCAUCCUGCUGCCCCGUCCCCCCGUCUGCUGCCCGUCCCGUCCCUGCUCAUGCAGCCAGGGGUGCUGUGUGGGGUCCCUGCCGCCGGGCAGCUCUCUCUGCUGUUGCCUGUCAGAGGCACAAUUCGUCACUACGUCCCUUCUGCUGGCCAGGCAGCCGCAGGCAAUGGAACCCCCAGGGCAGGGGCAUGGCACGGCGCAGGGCUGCAAACACCCCGACACGAGGCUGCUGUCACUACCCCGGUCCGUUGGUUGCCACCCGCGGUAGCGGUGCAAGCGGGGCUGUGUGACACAGCCGCAGCGCUGCUCCCCUCCCCGCGGCGGGUGCCAGGCUGACACGGGCUGGGUCUCCCUGGGGAGCACCACGCUGUGCCAGCCCUGCUGCCGGGGCCAGCAGCCCCACCGACGCGUCCCCACACAGCAAAGCCACCACUGCCUCCCCCACAGGUGCCUUUUCCCGCGCCCCAGCGCCCACUGCCCGCGCAGGCUGGGGACACCCCUGGAGGCCACUGAUCGGGUGCAGGACUGGCCUGGGGAGACCGCUGCUGUGGUGGGUGCCCCCCCCCGGAGGGAGGCUGCACCCCACAUCUUGGGGUCAGGGUGGGAGAGCCCUGCCGUGCCUCGAGCAGCUGGUGGCUGGAGGCUGCUCCAUCGUGCUGAUUUUAGGGUGUAAUGGUGUGGGUUGGGUUUGGUCUCAGAAGUGUGAGUGUGCUGGGAUGAGUGAAGGUUUAAGGCGGAAGCCCAGCCCUGGGUGAAGGGCCGGGGUGGCACGUGUCCCCUUCAGCCCAGGAGGGUUUUAGGGAGGGACCCGAGGAGAUGCUUGUCCACCUCGGUUGUUUGCAAGAGGGCGUUGGGAAAGUGUUGGAGGGUCGAGUUGGGGAAUUGUCGAGCAGAAAUGGAGACUUGGAUCAGCCACGCCGCCUGUUCCUGGCACGGCACUGCUCCCAUGGGGACAGACGGGGGUGACAGGACAUGUACCCAGGACCAGCUGUGGCCAUGCCGGGGCUGUCCGGGAGGAGCCGCGUGGGGGCUGGUGGCACCUCCACUGGUGACCGGGCCUGGGGGCUUGUAAAGCUCUGGCUGGGCUGUCCCGUAGUGCGGUAGAGACGGACCAGCCCCUCUGUAGGAAUAAAAUACACUGCAGUUUGGUAACUGACUUUUAAAGAAAAAAAAUAAAGGUGUCUGAUUUGCAGAGUAGGC